AUGAAUUGCGUAAAGCAAGAAGAGAACUCUAGUUUAGGAGAUGCAUAUGGUAAUAUUACACGCCUAUUCAGUACCGUCACAAAUGGAACAACAGUAGAGGCAAUCAAAUAUAUUGUGGCCUUAGUCGGGAACUCUAAAGAAAAAAUGGGCAUUGAAGAACAUCUACUAGGUUAUAAGGAUGGUAAUGGAAGAAAUGUUUGCCAUUUUGUCUGUUCUGCAAAGAGAAACGACACUUUAAGGGCCAUUAUUAAGCUUGCCCCUGGAAUAGUUAAUAGCCUUGAUAAUAGUAAUGAAAACCCGCUUUUCUUAUCUGUGAGGGCUCAAGAUAUUGAAUCAGUUACGACAUUACUAGAAGCUGGAAUCGAAAUUACUAGAAGAAAUUCAAGUGGUUGUAACGUACUACAUUAUGCAUGUCAGGUUGCAGACAUCAACUUAGUAAAACUUAUUAUUUCUAAUCUAGAGAGCAAGGGUCCGUCUGAAAUUGAUUCAUUCAUCAAUACAUGUAGUGAAGAGUUUGGGACUCCUCUUCAAUGGGCAUGUAUGACUAAUAAUAAAGAACUAAUUAGUUAUCUUUUAAGUAAUAAAGCAAAUCCAAAUAAGGCACCAUUAAAUAGGUCAAUUCCUUCUCCUCUUAUGAUAACUAUUGGUAUAGGGAAUACCGAGCUUACAGAAUUGCUAUUGAAAUCUGGAGCUCUUUUAGAUCAAGCAAAGGAUUCUGAAGGGUACACACCAAUUUUUGGUGCAGUUGAAAAGAACGAUAUUAACCUAUUGUUACUAAUCAUUGAAUACAUGAAGUUACAGUCAUGUGACGCUUCAAGUCAAAUUAUUAAAGGAGACUCUGUUUAUUCCUACGCAGUAAACAACCGCUGCUCUGAGGAAAUUAUGGGAAUUUUGAAAAGUCACGCAUUAGAUGGUAUAAAAAUUGAAAAUCCUCAGCAAAAUGAACGAGGGCAAUCCAUUCAAGCCGAAUCUAUUGAAUCUAUUGAAUCAAAUGAAUACUCUCCAAUAUUCGAUGAACAAAAAUCUCCAGAUUCUGAGGUUCCUCUAGAAAUAAUAAUUGAACAGGAUCUGGAGGACAAAAACAAUUACAAUGAAGAAAAUGCUGAACAAAUUAAAAUAGAAGCAAAUUUUCUUUUUAAAGAAGGUAAAUUUAACGAAUCUAUCGCUAUUUAUUCAAACGCUCUGAAUCAUUUAAAGAUGAAAAAGAAUGAUUUAUCUGAAAAGUCCAUCACACUCAAAUCAAGUAUACUUUCCAAUAGAUGUCUUUCUUAUAUUAAAAUAGGAGAUUUUUCUAAAGCAUUAUUUGAUGCUAAGUCAUGUAUUUAUAUAAACCCAAAGUGGAGCAAAGGUUACUACAGAUGUUCACAAGUUUACCAUAUGAUGGGUGAUAUUGCAAAUCAAGCUUGUUAUCUAUGGGAUGCGAUUACAAAUGAGAAUUCAAAUAGCACAUUAAAGCAGGAAUAUUUGGAUUUAUUUUCUCAAAUAAUGAAAAAACACAGAAAAAACUAA